AUGUCGUCCGUUCUACCAGUCUGGUUCCUGCUGGUCAUCGUGCUCGGACUUAUGUUUGUUUCGUGGAUCUUCACGCCCAAAGGCCCUAAUCAGACGUUGAUACGCACGAGCUUCUCACUCGCGCUCGCCUGUUGCUAUCUCAUGUGGAUGGUCACAUAUCUCGCGCAAGUUCAUCCGCUCAUAUGUACGCGCUGGUUUCUGCAGAGCAUCAUCGGGAAUUUGACCACUUAUUUCGCGACACGUUAG